CCAUCUUGUCCCCUCAAAACCGGCCAUGGUCCGUAUUGGAUGAGAAAUAUCCUAACUUAUUUGGUCUUGCUGUUUUUGUUUUCGAUUCAUAAAAAUGCAAAAAAAAAAAAACCUUCAAGAAUCAAAUGAUGCAUGCAUGUGAUAAUAUUUUAUAUACACAUGUAAUUCUCUCUACAUUUGACUUGGCACAGUUUUUAAUAACAGGGGAACUACAUGGUGAAAAUUUAUAUAAAGUGGGUAGUCGUGCCUUGCAUGUUACAAAUCAUUUAUUCCAUGUGGGUUCGAAAUAAUUAUAACUACCCUAAGCUAAGGGAUGGGUACCAACUGUCUCUUAUGCACUCCAUGGCUAAGGGAGUAACUGUGAGAAUUUGGGAAAAGGGUACUACAUCUUAAGUUUGGGAUAUCGAGAAUUUACGAAAAGGGUACUCCAUUAGGAAUCCCGACAGAUAUAUUUAUAUAGAAAACAGCCUCACAUGGAAGAUACUCUCUCGGCUAGUAAGAAGAGGGGUUCAACGACUGAAACUCUGGCUUAGUUACAAGGGUGCAGCUGUGGAGGUUUGCCCAUAUGUAUACAGAAGGAAGUUUUGGCCAAAAGAAUUGGAAGGACAGACAUCAGGGAAAUAAUACAAUGCACAAAGACCAUUUGGUCCAACAAUAUAUCAACACUAACGAUGUUUUCAUUUGGACUGGAAUUUGCUUGUUUAGUCUUAUCUCGUCUGGUAUGUUAAAGUGUGAUCUGUUUUGAACUGAUCUGGUCUGAUUUGGUCUCUGUGUAUUUGAUAACCGUUCAAACCCGGUUUGGUUUGGUCUGUUUAAGUCUGAUCUGGUCUAAUCUGUUUGAGUCUGAUCUGGAACUGAAAACGGUCGAAAAGAAAACAUGGAUUAUCGGCAUUUGAUUUUAAAACAUGUUCUGUAUACACGGGAGAAGGGCUCUUUAAAACAGGCAGGGAGAAGUAAUGAGAGGACGAUGUUCUUCUACAUACAGAUCCACCGAAAAUCCCGUUAGACGUGUCCAUAACAGUCAAACGUGUGCAUUUAUUUUGGACUGCUGUUUUUUAUUUACUCCCAUUUUCCUACGUGCCGCCAUGCCGGCUUUGACUUCUUCUCAUCCGUUGACCAAAUCAUCCCUAUUUAAACACUCCCAGUUCCAAAGCCCUUAUGACAUUCAUUCUAUAAGAUACUAUAGUUACUCUUAUCCACUUGUCCCAAUGAUGUCCUGCCCCACCACCACCCCCACCACCGGCCCCGCGGAAGGGACGGCGAUCACUGCCGUCCCUCCCGAGAUCAUUGAAACCCACAUAUUGACCCGACUUGACGGCCCAACGCUCGCCUCCGCCGGCUGGGCCUUUUCUGAACUACGCACAAUUUGCUCCGAUGAGAAUCUCUGGCGCCAAAUCUGUGACUCGACUUGGCCGUCAACCACCAACCCAAUCGUCCGUGACGCCAUCUCCGCCCUCCCUUCCGGUCACCGUUCUUUAUUUUCCGAUGCAUUCCCUACCGUUCAUCACCGUGCCCCACGACCGAAAUCCGAUCGGGGGUCGACGGAGCUCAUUUCCACCGUAGAUAUAUUCUAUGGCGGAGGGUUGAUAUACUCGAAUGCUACAGUUUCCGAGACGGUGUCGAGUUGGUUCUUGUCCUCUCCGUUCAGAGUUGACCUUCUCAACAUGAAGGGGACGGUGGUGCCCAUGCCGGUGAAGUUCGACGGAGACGACGGAAAGUGUGUGGCCCACCUCGAAGAGCACUUGAAGCUGAGUUGGAUUCUCAUAGACCCGUCGAGUAAACGUGCCGUGAACAUAUCUAGCCUGAAGCCCGUCAACUUUCGGCGGCACUGGCUGACCGGAGAGAUAAAGAUUCGAUUUGCCACGGUCGUGGACGGCGGUGGAGCCGGUGGGGAUCCGGUACAAUGCAGUGUGGUAGUCAUUUGCGAGGGAAAGGAAGGAGGGGAGUUAUACGUGCGGGAUGCGAGCAUGCAGGUGGAGGACGUGGAAGGGAAGGUUUUGAACGGGAAGGACAGUAAGGUAAUUUUACAAGAAGCCAUGGAAGGUAUAAGAAAGAAGAGAGAAGAAGGAGAAGAAAAAGAAAGGUAUAAAACAUUUGUAGUGUGUAAGAAGCAAUGGAGGGAAAUGAAGCGGAGAAAAGAGAAGAGAAUGGAUUUGGCGUGCAUAGCCGGUGGAAUUUGCACUUUAAUUGUGUUUUUUAGCCUAGUUUUCUUGGGGUCAGAAAAGGGUUAUGCUAAUUGUUUACGAUUUUUUGGAUAAGACGGAUUAGGAAGUACUCCCUCCGUCCUAAUUUGUGAGAUACUUUACGGUUUACGAUGUUUGACCGAAGAUAAAG